AUGAGCACCAUCAGCGAUCGCAAUGCGCCGCUGUCUCCAGUUUCUGUAGGCGGCAGCGAGUGGUCCUUCUCACGGUACCAGGCCAACGAAGACGGAUCCUAUCCCAACCGCGGAAACCUCGUCUCUCCUCCCAACUCUGGAGGCUCCUCAGGGACCAUGAGCAUGAAUGGCUUUCCUCCGGGGCCUACAAACACGGGGGGCCCGUCACCGCCGCCGUCUGUUGGCCGAUCCAGCAAUGGCAUGAACAUGUACGCCCGAAGCGAGGCCGGAGGCGAGUCGCCAACCGCAGCCAAUAUCGAUGAGGGCAUCCUCUCUGAGCAUUACGUUGCCCUGAGGGUUUUCCUCACUUCACGCGACCCGAACGCCAAGCAGCAGCCCAACAAGGCCCGCGACAAGUUGCUACGACUCUCCCCCGUCCAAUUCUUCGAAUUGAGUACCGAUGUUUACGACGAGUUGGUGCGCCGCCAGGCCGCAGCUCGAACUCCUCCCAAUGCGCCCAACAUGCCGCCAGCCUUCCUGUUACCAGAGAAGACGUUCCAUCCUAAGCGAAACCAGGCUCGCCAAAGACUCUCAUCUCUGGGACCUCCCCGAUUUCGAGAUCUCGCUGCCGAUGUGUUCCACGAACUGGAGCGCAGGUUUCCACACUUUGUGGGCAACGACAUCCCACGAGGUGGAAGCUCCAUGUCCAAUAGAGGCGGACCAAUGAAUCGCACAGGAACUCCAGUCAACGGCGAAUACCCGCCCAGAUCACAGAGUCGCAUGCGAAGGCCAUCCAAUGCCAGCUCGAUUAGAGGGCCACCACCCAUUGACUCGUACGGUGUGCCUCCAUCGCCCAGCAUUCCCAAUGGCAACUACGCUCGGCCAAUGCCACGACUCCCUACACAGAACAAUACUAUUGUUCCCAAUAAGAGUACAAUGAUAGAAGAAGACGACGAUGGUGCUGACGCAUACGGAUCCGCGGAUGGACCCGAUAAUGGAGAAGUGAGUUUCUUUUUCAUUCUUCAACUUGCGGAAAAGAAGAUUAUCGAAGAGUACGAGGCACAAGUCAAAGAUUUGAAUUCCAAGAUCUCAACCAUGGAAGAAGAGAUGAAGAAAAAGGAAGAAGAAAUGCAGAAGAAAGAAGAGGAAAUGAAUAGUUUGCGCGAUAACCACCAGUCACAGGCCGCAGCUAAAGAUGAAGAGAAACAGGAGUGGGCGGAAGCCCGCUCAGACCUCGAGGGAAAGCUGACAGAGGCAGAAAAGCUCAGCAAUUCGCUGAAAGAAGAGAUGGAGCGCAUGCGCGAAGAACACGAACAAGAAACCAAGCAGCUUCGGGAACAAGUUCGACAGAGCGUUAGCAUGAUGUCUUCUACAAGUGUAAAUGAGGAUCUGCAACGAGAAAAUGAUGAAUUGCGACACUCGCUCCAGCAACAACAACAAGUAACGGAAGAAGCGCGAGCCGAAGCUCAAGAGUUUCUACGCGAGAUGCGGCAGCUUUCUCAACAAAGCGGUUCCAAAUACGAGAAGCAGGUUGCGCUUGAAAAGACAAUUGAGCAGCUCGAGAACGAGGUUCGGGAGUGGAGAGAGCGCUACGCAAAAACCAAGACUCAGAUCAGGAGCCUGCGAGGUUCUUCCGCCGGAUUCAGCGUGGAUGGAGAUGCCACCAAGCUACCGAGCGACAAUACCCUGCUGGAUGAGAAUGGGCGAGUCAAGGAUGUCCACGUCACCAAAUAUCAAAUGGCCAUCGACGAACUCUUGCAAAAGGUCCGCGAUGAUCAUCCAGAAAACGUCAUAGAUGCCAUGAAAGCAGUCGUGGUCAGCGUCCGUCGAAUUACGAGAGACUUGGACGAGUCCGCACCGCGUGGAAGUGAGGCAGCUCAGCAGCAGCAGGGAAAGCUCCGGGCCAGGAUUUCCGCCACCGCAAACCACUUAAUUACCGUCUCCAAGAGCUUCGCUGCUAGCUCCGGCAUUACACCAAUCUCUCUUGUUGACGCUGCGGCGUCACAUCUCACUGUCGCCAUUGUUGAGAUACUUCGAGCUGCCAAGAUCCGACCAACCCCUGCCGAAGAGCUGGAGGAUGAGGAAGAUGGAGACGCAACCCCCAUCGACUCUAGCGGCUUCUUCUCGCCUCGCAGCGUCGCUCGAGGAUCAACAACCCACGAGGGUCUGCCUCCGGCUCCUGCUUUCAAGAACCUCGCCAAUAUCAGGGCAAGCAUUGAGUCUUCAGCUUAUAGCCCCGUCAACUCUCCCCGGACAUCCAUGGAUGCAUAUGCACACGCAACUCCCAACGGACACGGUGAAGAACACCACGACGGCCAAAUCGAGGGUCUGAAGACGUACCUUGAAGAUCAAAACGCCCUGUUAAUACCCGAGAUCCAUAAUCUUGUCAAUUGUGCUCGCGCGGAUGAUGAUAUUCGCCAAAUUUCUACGCACGUCGGCUCUAUCAAUGGCAUCGUGAGUAGCAUUGUCUCGGAAACCCAGAAGAACGGUCGUGGCAACAUGGUAGUUCGCCUAGGCGACUGCCGAGACCGCCUUGUCGAAGCCAACCGUCGAGGCCAAGAGAUGGCGGAUUUGGAAGUCGAUGAAAAGGAAUGGAAAUCUUGGACCCUGACAUUGCCACCGAUUGCUUUUGAGAUUGCCCGGGAAGCCAUGGAGCUUGUUGAGACUAUGGAGGAGCUGGUAGCGUCGUCACAAGAUGCAGAUGAUUUUUCAUGA